AUGAAACAUUGGAAAAAUAGAUACAGAGGAAGAAAAGAAGAAGAAGAAGAAGAAGAUCUAUCUGAUGGGAGGACGAGGAAUCCAGGAAUCCCGGGAUCCCGGGAUCCAGAAAUCCAGGAAUUCAGGAAUCCAGGAAUCCCGGGAUCCCGGGAUCUAGGAAUCCAGGAAUCUAGGAAUUUAGUAUAUUGGAAUCUUGGAAACCAGGAACGAGGAAUCCAGGAAUCCAGGAAUCCAGGAAUCCAGGAGUCCAGGAAUCCAUGA